AUGGAUCUCAAAUCUAGCAUCCAAGCCUUGACGAAUGCCCUGCAAAGCUUUCCAAAGACAGUCAGCGAAACGGCAAGAUUCGAGAUUAUUUCAAAAGCGAAAGAUCUCAUCUUUGCCUUGCAGAGCCCGGAACAGCAUGUCCUUCAAGUCAGCGCCAAUACUAUGGAGCUUGUGGCGAUUCGAACCGUGAUGAGAAUGGGAGUGCUUGAGGUCUUACCGAAAGAGAAAGACGAGGCGCUUGAAUUACAAGUCCUUGCAGAGAAGACCGGAGUGCAGGAGUCUUUGUUCCUCCGUUUAUUGGUUGGAACGAGAUUCAUCCAGCAAGACAGUGCUGGCAAAUAUUGGCAUUCGCACGUGUCCAAGGGAUCCGCGGAUGGAGGCAAUGCUGAAGCAUGGUUUAAAGGCGUGGUCUACGAUGUUGUCAUGGACGGAUUCUUUCUAUAUCCCACCGCCUACCUUGAUACCCACCCUUUAGAAGAACCCAGCGACCCCAGUGUAACACCGGUCACGUGCGCGUGGAAUAAGGAGGGCGACAACUCUUGGCAGGUGCUCGCUCGAGAUCAUCCCAAUAAAAUGCUGAACUUCCAGCGUGGUAUGGCUAUGUUGGUUGAUGCGGCGCCUGUGACAGGGGUAUAUGACUUCUCACAGCUUGUGAAGAUUGAGGUAGAGAAAGAGAGGAUGGUUUUGGUGGAUGUUGGCGGUGGUUCCGGGCAAUGCGUUGAGGCGAUUUUGAAGGCACAUCCGGAUAUACCCGCCGAGAGAUGCAUGGUUCAGGACCUAGGACACACGCUCGAGCAUGCUCGCCACAGCGAGACUUUGCCAAGAGGUUUGCAGCUGCUGGAGCACGACUUCUGGACCCCGCAGCCCAUUGUCCACGCCAAAGCAUAUUUCAUGAGGUGGAUCAUUCAUGACUAUGUCGACAGUUUAUCAGUCAAGAUCUUGAAGAACACAGCGGCCGUGAUGGCGCGGGACAGCGUCUUGCUGAUUCACGAGGCGAUUGUUCCAGAAAGACUGAGCGAGACGACGAUGAUUGCUGGGAUUAUGGACAUGUUUGUGUUGAAUUGUGCUGGCAAGGAGAGGACGAAGAAGGGGUUUGAAGUGCUACUCGAGCAGGCUGGGUUGGUGGUGAGGAAGUACUGGCAGAGAGAGGGCACGGCGGCGACCAUGAUAGAGGCGGUCUUGGCAUAG